AUGCAUUUAGGCUCAUAUGGAGUUGUUUUUAAGGGAUCUAAAAAAGACUCAAAAGAUUUAGAUGAAAAUGGGAAGUAAAAGCAAUAUGCUGUCAAGAGAAUAUUUCCCACAAUUAAUGCUGCAUUUAUUCUAAUUGAGAUGUUAAUCUUGAAACUUUUAAACGGAGAAAACAAUGUCACUGAUCUCAUUUGCGGAUAUAGACUUGAAGGGCAAGUUUCAUUAGUUUUCAAAUAUCAAAAGAGCAAACCUUUCCUAACUUACUUAACUACAUUCAAUCUGGAUGAUAUAAGAAAGUAUAUGUUAGCCUUACUGAAGGCUGUAAGCCAUAUUUCUAACUAUGGAGUAAUUCAUAGAGACAUUAAACCCUCAAACUUCCUUUAUGACCCUGUAACUCAUACAGGACUUCUAAUUGAUUUUGGUCUUUCCGAGAUAUAAGUUGACUAGAAUGGAAGACCAGUAAAGCUAGCAGAUAAUGAAACAGUAAAGAAGAUCGCAGAUCUUUAAAAGAAAUUAAAAAUUAAGAAUAGAACAGGUACCAAAGGUUACAUGCCUCCUGAAGCCCUGUUAAAUUAUCAAUAAUAAUCAAGCGCAGUUGAUGUGUGGGCUUGUGGAGUUAUUUUCCUCAGUUUUCUAGCAUAAAGACACCCUAUAUUCUCACUAAAUAACAGCUCAAAGAUAAAGAAUUUUACAAUUUCUAACCUCAUUCCCUUCGUUUGCCUCUUUGGUUAGAACAACAUAAAAGAAAUUGCAUUUAAGUUAGGUUAUGGAUGUCUGAUUCCUGAAGAAAUGUAAAAGGAAAGAAUUGAAUGGAAAGAGAUAUGCAAGAUUCAUGAUGAUAAAGCCUUCGACCUUCUUAAUAGAAUGCUAGAAUUAGAUCAUAGCAAAAGAAUAAAACCAGAAGAAGCCCUGAAACAUCCAUUCUUCACACAAAACUAUCAAAAUCAAAGUAGAAAUAAUGAACAGAGUGCUGAGAGAUACCAAUUGCAACCUUAUCAAUAAUAACAAUAAACUUCAUCUAAUCAAAUGCAUCUUGAACAAUAUAACCCUAAUCCUUUUGCAGCAAACUGUUGA